AUGGCACCAUGGAUUGUGAAUAACACCGAGUCGCCGGAAUCUCAAGCAACCACCAGCACAGCAAUGUCCACACCACAGCUCUUGUCUCUUGCCGGUAAGACGAUUGCCAUCACUGGUGGCGCUCGAGGCAUCGGUAUUACCUUGGCGAUGGCUGUCGUAGAAUCGGGUGGCAAUGUCGCUUGCCUAGAUAUCUUAGAAACACCAGCUCCAGCGGAAUGGGCGCAUCUGCAAAAACUUGCAUCAGCCAACAAAGUAGUCGCUUCGUACAACCACUGCGACGUCACGAAUGAAACCGCCGUCGAAGCCGUCAUGGAAUCAGUAGCUGCAGAUGCUGAGGUCCUCGGCUCACCAUUCUGGGGCACUAUUGCUUGUGCUGGUGUCCAGCAAACGAUUCCAGCGCUGGACUAUCCUUCGUUGGACUUUGAGAGAAUACUCAAAGUCAAUGUGACUGGCGUGUUCAACACUUGCAAACAUGCGGCAAGAAUAUUGCACAAGGCAAAAAGACCAGGUAGCAUUGUCAUCAUUGCUAGCAUGUCUGGAAAUAUUGCCAACAGAGGUCUUUACUGCACAGCAUAUAAUGCAAGCAAAGCAGCUGCUCAGCAAAUGUGUCGGUCGCUUGCCCAAGAAUGGGGGCAGUUUGGUAUUCGAGUGAAUUCCAUUUCUCCAGGAUAUAUCGUCACACCCAUGACCGACCAGUUACUAGCGGAAAGACCAGAACUCGAAGAGACGUGGAAGCAGGGAGCGCUGCUUGGGCGAUUCGGUAGGCCAGAGGACUUGAAGUUACCGGCUGUGUUUCUGCUUUCCGAAGGUGCUGCCUUUAUGCAUGGGUCUGAUCUGAGAGUUGAUGGCGGACAUUGCGCUUCCGCGUAA